AUGCCCUUAUCUCAGUGGAAGAGACAAAAACAGCUCUCUCCACGACUCAAAGACUGUUUGAGUGCUCAUGAUGAUCCAAAUGAAAUUGAUAUUAGAAAUCUUUACAAAAAAACUGCUGCAUUAGCAUUUAUGCCACCAACUGCUGUGAAAGAUUUAUGGAGUCAAACAACAGAUGAGUAUGAUACUAUUAAUGGAAUCUCACCAUUUUUUGAUUAUGUCACUGAAACUUGGAUUGAAGAUAGCUUAUUUGAUAUUUCAUUAUAG